AUGAACACGCCGGUUGUGAUCGUGGUAGAGCUCUGGUAUGCGACUGACUCUCUCUUCAUUCCUCGAAAUCAAGCAACUCUAGAGCUCUUGGAGUGGUUGAAGGACAAGAAGGAACUGAAGGCCAUCAAAGGCGGGAAGAAAGUCUGGAGUGUUCAAAACCUCGAUCAAGAUCGUCACAAGGAGGGCGAGUUUCCUCGCACCGGUUCCUUCGAAGUUUUCAUCCUGUCCAGCGUACAGACAGCCAAGGGCACUCAUACCAUCAUCCAUGAAGCUUACAGCAAGCUGCACCAGCAGAGGUGGCCCACGGUGUCGAUUCUGGUUCAGAAGAUUGUCAAGCGAUGUGCCGCCAUCUUCAUCAACUCCAUCGGCAAACUUUACGGCUGCUACUCUCACCAACAACACCAGCAAGGCAUCCUCUACAUCCCCAGCAUGUCCUGCUGGGUCCACCCUGAAGUCGACGGGGAGAUUCUACCCGCGCACUUCACUCCCGACAGCAAGAAGCCUCUGCAGGAGGAGGUGGUGGAGGUGGUGUUGUUGUGUGAGGUCACCCCGGGCAUGAGGAUCCGAGCGAUCAACCUGAGAGGCUUCGGGCUCAAGUACUCACACGCCAUCGAGAUCGCUCAGUUCAUCCGCAAGACCUCCAGCCUCAAGUCCCUAAGCUUGAGAGACAACGACCUCGAUGCUGAAGCUGCCGUCGCUCUUUCAGACGCUAUCCAGGCUCAUCCGAGCGUAACAUCAUGCGACCUAAGAGGGAACAGGAUCGGGCCUGAGGGAGCGACGGCGCUGGCGUCGAUGCUGCAAGUCAACACUGUGCUGAACCAGCUCAACGUCUACGGGAACCACCUGCAGGCCUCCGGCGGCGAGGCCAUCGCCCGCGCCCUCCGACACAACCUCUCCCUCCGUACCCUAGACCUCGGCGACAAUCAGAUCGGAGACCUGGCAACUACCAGGAUCGCCAACGCUCUACGGAAGACGACGACGCUAACGUCGCUGCAGAUUCAGCCCCUCAACGAUCUCCAUCCCGGCCCCAGCGGCAUGGGAGACCCUCGAGUCGCCUCAGGCUGCGUGGCGCUGAUUCAGGGGUUGAAGGGCAACAGCAACAUCCACACGCUCAACGUAGGGGCAAACAGCAUCUUGUCGGAAUGGGACCCAGUGCAAGAGAGAUUCCCACACAAGAUGAUCACUCCGGCCCUCUGGAAAGGACGGCAGACAGUCCCCAAGUCCGUGCUGGACGUGCAGGCUCUGCCGUGCACGAGGACGAAGCUGCUCCUGCGCCCCAAGGAUCUUCGGCAUUCGCUGCUGCCUCCAGCCGACGAGGAGGAGGGGCCGGGGAAACCUUCACUUGCCUUCGACUUUGCGUUGAAGAGGAAGAAAACUUUCAAGGUCCACAAAGGUUCGACCUUCGAAGAGAUCAGCAACCUGCAUCAGAUGAGCCUCAUGAAUCUGACGCUCAAGGGGCCGAGGCUCAUGACCUUCAACCCGGAUUUCUUGUAA